CAUGUGACGGUCAUGUGACUUAACUCCAGCUCACUUCCGACUCUGCGUGGAAGAGGAAAAAAGUUGCACCUCAGGAGUGAAAAAAGUUUUAUCUUUCGAUUCAUUCCGUGAAAAUCAGAAACGCAGCAUCGUUCAAGCUCGUCUGCGUUUAUCGGAGGAUUAAUAAGGUCGCGGUGCUGUAUUGAUCGGUGUGAAUCGGGGUAAAUGCUCGGGAUGUCCGCCAACAGUGUGUCGUAUAACGAGCAGGGCUCGGUGGAGUCCGGCGUGGACGCGGCGCAGGAGAACAGCAGCAUCCCCGCGAGCAUCAGCGGCGGCGGGGCCGCCUUCAGCCUCUUCAGCGCCGACUGCAAGAAGAAUGAAGAUCUGAAGGAGAUGCUGGAAAGCAACAAAGAGUCUCUGAAGCUGGAGGCAAUGAAGAGGAUUGUGGGGUUGAUUGCCAAGGGAAAGAAUGCAUCUGAACUUUUCCCAGCGGUGGUGAAGAAUGUUGCAAGCAAAAACAUUGAGCUGAAGAAGCUGGUGUAUGUGUACCUCGUCCGGUACGCAGAGGAACAGCAGGAUCUCGCCCUCCUGUCAAUCAGCACCUUUCAGCGGGCACUCAAGGAUCCCAAUCAGCUGAUCAGAGCGAGCGCUCUCAGGGUCCUGUCCAGCAUCAGAGUUCCCAUCAUCGUUCCCAUCAUGAUGCUGGCCAUCAAAGAAGCAUCCACCGACCUUUCACCUUAUGUGCGGAAAACCGCCGCUCACGCCAUUCAGAAACUCUACAGUCUGGACCCAGAUCAGAAAGAGCAUCUGAUCGAAGUGAUUGAGAAACUUCUGAAAGACAAAAGCACGCUGGUUGCUGGCAGCGUGGUAAUGGCGUUUGAGGAGGUCUGUCCGGACCGGAUCGACCUGAUCCAUAAGAACUAUCGCAAGCUGUGUAACCUGCUGGUGGACGUGGAGGAGUGGGGUCAGGUGGUCAUCAUACAUAUGCUGACCCGAUACGCCAGGACACAGUUUGUCAGCCCGUGGAGAGAGGACGCUGUGUUUGACGAGAACGGUGAGAAAACGUUUUAUGAUUCAGAGGAGGAGAGGAGAGUGGACCAGUCCAAACCGUACAUCAUGGAUCCAGACCACAGACUCCUGCUCAGAAACACUAAACCAUUGUUACAGAGCAGAAACACUGCAGUUGUGAUGGCAGUAUCUCAGCUCUACUGGCAUUUGGCUCCUAAACAUGAACUUAGCAUCAUCACCAAGUCUCUGGUGAGGCUCUUUAGGAGCCACAGGGAAGUUCAGUACAUUGUGUUGCAGAACAUCGCCACCAUGUCCAUUCAGAGGAAGGGAAUGUUUGAGCCCUUCAUGAAGAGCUUCUAUGUGAGGUCUACAGAUGCCACGCACAUCAAAACACUCAAGCUGGAGAUUUUGACUAACCUGGCUAAUGAAGCAAACAUCUCCACCAUACUGAGAGAACUCCAGACGUACGUGAAGAGUCAGGAUAAGGCGUUUGCGGCGGCCACCAUCCAGGCCAUCGGCCGUUGUGCCACUAACAUCUCUGAAGUAACUGACACCUGCCUCAACGGCCUGGUCCUGCUGCUGUCCAACAGAGACGAGACUGUUGUCGCUGAGAGCGUCGUAGUCAUCAAGAAACUUCUGCAGACUCAGCCGUCACAGCACAGUGACAUCAUCAAACACAUGGCCAAACUCUUCGACAACAUCACUGUCCCGAUGGCGAGGGCCAGCAUCCUGUGGCUGAUGGGUGAAUACUGUGAACACGUGCCUAAAAUCGCCCCCGACGUCCUGCGAAAGAUGGCCAAGACCUUCACCAGCGAGGAGGACAUUGUCAAACUCCAGACGGUCAACCUUGCUGCCAAACUCUACCUGAGCAAUUCCAAACAGACUAAACUGCUGACUCAAUACGUUUUGAACUUGGGCAAGUACGAUCAGAACUAUGACAUCAGAGACCGAACGCGGUUCAUUCGUCAGCUGAUUGUCCCAAACGAGAAGAGCGGAGUCCUGAGCAGAUACGCUCGCCGCAUCCUGAUGGCACCCAAACCGGCUCCUGUCCUGCAGUCUGCCUUCAAAGAUCGAGACCGGUUUCAGCUUGGCACGCUCUCUCAUACGCUUAAUUCCCAGGCCAAUGGAUACCUGGAGCUUUCUGAUUGGCCGGCUGUCGCUCCUGACCAAUCAGUGAGAAUUGUGGAGGUAGUAGAACCGGUGAAAGAGGCCGGAGCACCAGUGCUUGGUAAAUCCAAACCUGGCAAAUCAGCUGAGAAGUUCUACUCUGAUUCUGAGGAGGAGGAAGAGGGAAGCAGCAGUGAGGACAGCAGUAGCAGCAGCAGUGAAGAAUCAGAAAGCGAAUCUGAGAGUGAGGAGAACAGUGAUGAUUCGAAUAAGAGCAGCUCCAGCCAAUCAGAGAACAGCUCCAGGGAAUCAGACUCAGAAAAGAAGAAGAAAACUCUAAAAAACAAAAAACUACAACAGCAGAAACCGGACAGCAAAGACAGCUCACUCUCUUUUGGAACAGGACCAAUUAAUGUAUUGAUACAUAUAUGGGUUUUAAUGCUGCUGUUAUUGUUUUGUUUGACAGUCUCGCCCGCGGCGGUCCCCACACCCAAGAGCUCCAUCCUGUCUCCUAGUCUGCUGUCUGACCUGCAAGGGCUCUCCAUCUCACCCACUGCAUCGGCCUUACAGGCGAGUUUUCCCGUGUUUGUGCCGGAAACCUCCCAUGAGCUGCUCCACAGGAUGACGGGUAAAGGUUUGUCCGCCCAGUACCGCUUCACCCGGCAGCCCUGUAUCUAUGGCAACAGCAUGGUAUCCCUGCAGCUGACGCUAAGCAACAGUAGUGACCAAGCCCUGGAGAACAUCCACAUCUCUGAGAAGAGUUCCACUGGACAAAACAUCCACCGCUUUAAUGCUAUCGAGCGUUUGGAGCCGCAGGCGUCAGUAACGGUGUCCAUGGGCGUUGACUUCAAUGACUCCACGCAAGCUGCAAACUUCCAGCUGUGUACUAAAGAAGAUGAAUUCAGCGUGUCCAUCCAGCCUGCGGUAGGAGAGCUGCUGCUGCCCAUCACGAUGACUGAAGCAGACUUCACCAAAGAGCAGGGUAAACUGGUGGGCAUGAACGAGUCAUCGGCAACAAUUACCAUGACGCCAGAGAACGUCUCCAGCCAAUCAGUAAACAGAAAGGUGGUGUCUGUCGCCAACCUAGGUGUGAUUCCAUCCAGUCAGGAGAACAUACACAGGUUUGCAGGUAAGACGGUGAGUUCUGGAUGUCUGGUCCUGGUGUCGGUGGCCCUGAAGGAUCCUGACGCUGGGAUCACCAUCAACACUGAGAAAACAGUGAUGGGCUCUAUGCUCCUGCGACAGGUUAAAACCGCCCUGACCAACAGCGGCCCCUAGAAAGACCUGUUCACAUGUUCAGUCACGGACAAAUACUGUAUUCAAAUAUAGCUCGCUCUGGGUUAUAAUGACACUUGGGAGGAUUUGUAUUGUUUUGAGAAGAUGACAGACAGAUGGCUUCAUAUCUGUUCUCGUUUCAAGAGACUUUAUGCCCAAAAAUGUGCUUUGCGUAAGUCUCUGCUUUCAUUACAGGCGCGUCAAUGUUCUCUGCUAAUCUGUGAGAUUUGACCAUAUUCAGAAAGGCUUUUCAAGCUCAAUGCUGACAGUUUUUAUUUGUUGUUAUGAUUUCAUUUCGAUACAUUUCCCAGAUGACAUGAUGCCGGCUAACUAGUAUGUGCUGCUUUCUGUCUGCUCUCUGUGUGACCAAAACAUGCAAAGUUUCAAUCCUAUGUGAAGUGCCUUUCUUAAAAUGAUUGUUCCUGACAGAAGUUACAUUUGCUUAAAAUU